CUCUCAGCUCAUUUUUCGUUUUCCUCCCUCUUUCUCCUUUCUCCUGUUUCCGGCGACACCGUAGGGCUUCUUCUAUCUCACGCCUUCGUAACCCCGGCGCACCGCCGUUCUCUCUAUCUUUACGCUCCCGGAGGGUUGGAGAGGGGGACUCUCUAGGGUUUGGUUAAAUCGAUUGGUGUGGAUUGAAUAUUUAGGGGCGGGGCGGGAGCCUUAGGGUUAGGGUUUUUGAUGCGUUGGCGAAUUGGAUCAUACUCUGAUGGCUAAUCCCGGUGUCGGGGCAAAGUUUGUAUCGGUUAAUCUCAACAAAUCCUAUGGCCAGCCUUCUCAUCACAGCCACAACCACCACCACCAUCAGCCGCAUCCUAGCUCCUUCGGCUCCAGUCGGUCCAGGCCCGGCGGUGGAGGAAUGGUGGUCCUUUCGAGGCCUCGCAGUGCGCACAAGGCUGGGCCGAAGCUUUCUGUACCACCCCCCUUGAAUCUCCCUUCGCUGCGCAAAGAGCACGAGAGAUUUGAUUCUGCAGGCCCCGGUGGCGGGCCAGCCGGCGGAGGGGUCUCUGGGAGUGGGCUGAGGCCGAAUUCGGCCGGAAUGGGGUGGACCAAGCCCACUGCUGCUGCUCCUGUUGCGUUGCCGGAGAAAGAAGGGUUGGGUGAUCAUGGAGGUGAUGGAGCUGAGCAUAGUAGGGGGAGCAGUGUUUAUAUGCCACCGGCAGCUCGGCCUGGUUCAGUGGGACCGAUUUCUACUGCCUCUUCUGCUCCAGCUCAUCAUUCGGUGGAGAAAGCCAUGCUCUUAAGGGGUGAGGAUUUCCCUUCUCUGCAGGCUGCUACUUUGCCUUCUGCGUCAGGGCCUGCACAGAAGCAGAAGGAUGGUCUGAACCAAAAACAGAGGCAAGUGCAUGAUGAAUCACAAAGUGAGCAGAGAAGCAGUGGUCAUUCUAGUAUGGUUGUUGACAUGCGCCCGCAGUUGCAGGCAUCAGGCCGUGGUACAGGCAGUGCACUGAACGACAACGGGAGUGAGAGUCGGAGUUUUAGUGGUAAUAGAGUAUCAGAGCAAACACGGAAGCAGGACGACUACUUUCCCGGUCCCUUGCCACUAGUUCGGUUGAAUCCAAGAUCAGAUUGGGCAGAUGACGAGCGUGAUACGGGUCAUGGUUUCACAGACCGAGGCAGAGACCAUGGAUUCUCAAACCCAGAAUCUUAUUGGGAUAGGGAUUUUGAUAUGCCGAGAAUUAGUGUUCUUCCGCACAAGCUAGUAAAUAACCUCUCUGAGAGACGGGGUUUGCGUGACAAUGAAACUGGAAAGGUUUCUUCCAGUGAAGUCCCUAGGCUGGACCAAUAUUCUAGAGAUGUAAGAACACCUAGUAGAGAAGAAAGGGAAGGAAGCUCAUGGAGAAAUGCUACUCCUUCAAAAGAUGGAAAUACUGAUCAAGUUGGAAAUGACAGAAAUGGUUUUGGUGUUGGGCCAUCCAGUCUAAACAGAGAGGCAGUUAAUGAAAACAAGCAUAAAUUGAUCCCUUACCAAGAAAAUACUCGAGAUGGUUUCGGUAGAAUUAAUGCAGGGUAUAAUCAUGGAGGGAGACAAACUUGGAACAAUGCUAUGGAUUCACAUACAAACCGAGGGUCUGAGUGGAAUAAACGGGACCAUUAUGGCAGUGAACAGAAGAACAGAUACAGAACUGAUGCCGUGCAGAAUAGUUCAGUGUCCAAACCCUUAUACUCUUUGGGUGGUAGAGGACUUCCUGUGAAUGAUCCAUUACUCAAUUUUGGAAGGGAGAAGCGUCAAUUCUCAAAGAGUGAAAAGCCUUAUGUGGAAGACUUUGGAGGUACAGAUUUUGACACCCGGGAUCCCUUCUCUGGGGGUCUUCUAGGUGUGGUUAAAAAGAAGAAGGAUGUGACUAGGCAAACUGAUUUUCAUGAUCCUGUUAGAGAAUCUUUUGAGGCUGAACUUGAGAGGGUUCAGAAAAUGCAAGAACAGGAGCGCCAGCGAAUCCUUGAAGAACAAGAAAAAGCUUUAGAGUUAGCUCGACGAGAAGAGGAGGAGAGAGUAAGGCUGGCUAAGGAACAUAUAGAGAGGCAGAGAAGGUUGGAAGAAGAAGCUAGGGAAGCAGCAUGGAGAGCAGAACAAGAACAACUUGAAGCCGUGCGAAGAGCUGAAGAGCAGAGAGUAGCCAGGGAAGAGGAGAAAAGGAGGUUGUUUAUGGAGGAAGAAAGAAGGAAGUAUGCUGCUAAGCAGAAGCUUAUAGAAUUGGAGGAGAGGAUUGCCAAGAGGAAGGCUGAAACAGCAAAGGCUGGUGGUAAUUCUUUGACCGCUGCGGAUGAAAACUUUUCUAGGAUGGUCAAUGACAAAGAUGUCUCAAGGGAUGUUGGUGACUGGGAGGAUGGUGAAAGAAUGGUGGAGAGGAUAACAGCCUCGGCAUCUUCUGAUUCUAGUUUAAACAGGUCCUUUGAGAUGGGUUCUAGGUCUCACUUACCUAGAGAUAGUUCUGCUUUUGUGGAUGGUGGAAAACCUGUUAAUUCAUGGAGAAGAGAUGUGUAUGAGAAUGGGAACAACUCGGCAAUACUUCUACAAGAUCAAGACAACGGUCAUCAUAGUCUGCGAAGAGAUAGAGAUUCACCUGUCGGUGGAAGAACUCAGUCAAGGAAAGAGCUCUAUGGAGGCAGUGGAUUGAUGUCUUCUAGGACUUAUCAUAAAGGAGAGGUUGCAGAAUCUCACAUGGAUGACAUCUCUCAUUUAAGGGGGCAAAGGUGGAAUCUUUCAGGGGAUGCGGAUCAUUAUAGCAAAAACAUGGAGAUUGAGUCUGAUUUUCAUGAUAACUUUUCUGCAAAGUUCAAUGAUGUUGGAUGGGGGCAAGGCCGAGUCCAUGGCAGUCCUUAUCCUCCUUACCCUGAACCACUAUAUCCAAAUUCUGAUGCAGAUGGGCCUUAUUCCUUUGGCAGGUCACGGUAUUCCAUGAGGCAGCCUCGUGUCCUUCCACCUCCAUCACUAUCUUCUAUGCCCAGACCCUCCUACAGGGGUGAACUGGAUCGUCCUGGUCCCUCAGCUUUUUCAGAAAACGAGAUGCAGUAUAUCCGUGCAGUGGGAAGUGAAUCUACGGUGCAGACAGGUUGUGAUGGGAGUCGGCCAGAGAAUCUUGGACAACCAAGAAUUGUUGAUGUCAAACGAGAAAAUGCUGCGAAUGUGGAACAAAAGCUGGACACCACUCCAAGGUGUGACUCACAGUCAUCUCUCUCUGUGUCUAGCCCCCCUAGUUCUCCAACUCCUCUUUCCCAUGAUGACUUGGAUGAAUCCAAAGAUUCAUCAGUUUUAUCUGCCCCAGGGAGUGGUAGAAAUGUUUCCCUUCUUGGUCAGGAGAACGAAGCCCUUGUAUUACCUACUGAACCUGGAAGGGAGUCAAGUUCUGUCUCUAUUGGUGAUGAUGAGGAAUGGGCUGUUGAGAAUAAUGAACAACUUCAGGAGCAAGAGGAGUAUGAUGAGGAUGAAGAUGGAUAUGAGGAAGAAGAUGAAGUUCAUGAAGAUAUGCAUUUAGAGGCGAAGGAGUCUCCUGAUGUGGACAACUUUGUUUUGUGCUUCAAUGAAGGCGUUGAGGUUGGAAUGCCAAAUGAUGAAUUUGAUAGAACUUCAGGGAAUGGAGAAAGUACAUUUGUUGUACCUCAUGUUUCCUCUGGCAUUAUUGAAGAACAUGGGUCCUUUGAUGGAGUUCAUAGUGGUGAAAAAACCCUUCAACAUGUGGAUGAUUCCUCUCAGUUAGGUGUAGGUGGUUCUUCCAGAAUGUUCCAGGAAACUGAGAAGGCAAUUCAGAAUUUAGUUAUUCAGCCAAAUAACGUCCCUCAUAAUACAGCUGCUCCUGAACGCGUGGAUUUUGUGGAUGUUUCUAAUUCCGGGCCAUUGUCCCAACAUCAUGUUGCUUCUUCAGUUAGUCUUACCCCCCACCUGUUGUCUAGUCAGACUGUCAUGCCUACAGUAUCUGCAGUUCAAAAUCAGACGGAGGGGUCUGUCAAGCUUCAAUUUGGGCUGUUUUCAGGUCCAUCCUUGAUACCAUCUCCAGUCCCAGCUAUUCAAAUUGGUUCUAUACAGAUGCCUCUUCCUCUGCACCCUCAGAUUGACCCUUCUCUUGCUCAAAUGCACCCAUCACAGCCUCCUCUCUUCCAGUUUGGACAGCUAAGGUACACAUCUCCAAUAUCCCAGGGAGUACUGCCAUUGGCUCCUCAAUCGAUGUCCUUUAUUCACCCCAAUAUGCCAUCUGGAUUUUCUGUAAAUCAAAAUCCAGGAGGUCCUCAGCCUAUACAAUCUGGUCAAGGUACUACUCAGAAUUUGAAAAGUGAUGUUAUAUCAGUUACGACUGAUAACCGUCAAGGCCUUGCUUCAAGGCACUUGGAUCCAUCUCAAGGGAAUGUAUCUGAAGGGGUAAAUGUAAAUCCAAAGGCAGCACGACAAAAUGUAGAAACCACUUUUAUAGGUCAGCAGGGAGCAGCAAAAUCCUAUAUUGGUGACAGCAGAGGUAGGGCUGGAUCACUAUUUCAAGGGGAAUAUCAGGGACACAAUAAUUUCGGAGCAUCAUCUGCUCAGUCAGUUGUCAAAGGAAGAGAUAUAGGUGGGCCAAAGGCUCAUGGCCCGGUAUCUGGUGGUGGCAGAGGAAAGAAAUAUGUCUUUACAGUGAAAAAUCCGGGUUCAAGAUCAUUUCCCGAUUCCGAGCCUACCCAUAGAGAUUCUAGUGGAUAUCCGAGGAGACCUCGACGUAAUAUGCAGCGUACUGAAUUUCGGGUUCGAGCAAGUGCUGACAAAAGGCAGCAUAUUGGUCCAGUAUCAUCCAACCAUGUUGGACAUGAAGAUAAAUAUGCCCCUGUAAGAGGUUUGAGACCUUCUUUGAGAAGUGGGCCUAGAAAGGUUGGCAUGUUGAAUAAACAUUCAAGACAAAUGUCAGAGUCAGAGGGCCUGAUCCCUUGUUCAAGUAAUUCACAAGAAAUAGAGUAUGGAAGCAGGCCUGAUAAGGGUGUGGGAAAAGAUGCCUUGGCAAAGAGCCAGAAUCUCCCUCAAUCUGGAGAGGGAAACCCUAAAAGACACAUUCAUUCUGAAGAAGAUGUCUAUGCUCCUUUGCAAAGUGGAGUUGUGCGGGUUUUCGAGCAACCUGGCAUAGAGGCUCCUAGUGAUGAAGACGAUUUCAUUGAAGUGAGAUCAAAGAGGCAAAUGCUGAACGAUCGACGUGAACAGAGAGAGAAAGAAAUCAAGGCAAAAUCUCGGGUUACAAAGAUCGUAGUGCCACGGAAACCACGUUCAACUCUAAAAGGUUCCACUAUCUCUGCCAACUUGGUUAAGAAUUCUACAGUCGCAAAUGGAGAAGUAGGAAACGGCAUUCUUUCUGAUUUCGUUGGUUCUGAGGGACAUGGAUUGGCAAAUACUGAAGUAUCAGCUGGAUUUAACACCACUGUCACUCAACCACUGGCUCCAAUUGGUACUCCAGCUGUGAAAAGUGAUGGUCAGGCUGAUAUCAGAUCCCAAACUUUGAGGUCCCACCACACAAGCUCCCUAACUGUAGUAUCAGGUGGUCAAAAGAACCUUGGACGAGGCAUGAUUCUAGACAACAAGAAUAAGGUACCAGAUAAUGUUCCGUCGUCUUUGGGCUCAUGGGGUAAUUCACGGUCUAAUCAACAGGUUAUGUCCUUGACACAGACUCAACUUGAUGAUGCCAUGAAGCCUGGGCACUUUGACUCUCGUGUUGCUGUUGAAUCUCUCACUACCUCAGUUUCCAGCAUGUCGUCAUCAUCGACCUUGACAAAGGAUAAAUCGUUUUCUUCUGCUGCAAAUCCAAUAAACUCUCUACUUGCUGGCGAGAAAAUUCAAUUUGGCGCGGUCACAUCUCCAACUAUUCUACCAUCUAGCAGCCGUGCUGUUACUCAUGGAAUUGGCCCACCAGGACCAUCUCGGUCUGAGAUUCAACUCUCCAGAAAUCUUUCUGCAGCUGAGAAUGAUUGUAAUCUUCUCUUUGAGAAAGAAAAACACCCUGCUGAAUCUUGUGGUCAGUUGGAAGACUCUGACGCUGAAGCAGCUGCUUCAGCUGUUGCUGUUGCAGCGAUCAGUAGUGACGAAAUCGUUGCCAAUUUGGGUUCUUGCUCUGUCUCUGGUGCGGAUUCGAAGAGUUUUGUAGGUACUGAUAUUGAUGGAAUAACUGCAGGUGGAGCCACUGACCAGCAACUAGCCAGUCAAUCAAGGGCCACACAGUCUCUCAAUGUUUCCCUUCCAACAGAUCUAUCUGUUGAGACGGCUCCAAAUUCCCUAGAGCCACCCUUACCAAAUCAGAAUACUUUCCUUAUAACCAAUUAUGUUGUGGCCCCGUGUCCCAAGGGUGUUGAAGGUGCUGAUGUUGAUCGGAUAUCAACAGGUGGAUAUGGUGAUCAGCAAUUAGCCAGUCAAUCAAGGGCAGAAGAGUCUCUCAGUGUUUCCCUUCCAGCAGAUCUAUCAGUAGAGACCCCACCAAUUUCACUAUGGCCACCUGUACCAAGUCCUCAGAAUCCUUCGGCCCAGAUGCUUCCACACUUUCCUGGUGGCCCACCUUCCCAUUUUCCCUUUUAUGAGAUGAAUCCCAUGAUGGGGGCUCCUGUGUAUGCUUUUGGACCUCCAGAUGAAUCUGCGUCUACAAACCAAUCACAAUCCCAAAAGAACAGUGCGCCUCCUUCAGCUCCGCUUGGGACCUGGCAGCAAUGCCAUUCUGGGGUAGAUUCAUUCUAUGGUCCUCCAGCAGGUUUUACUGGUCCUUUUAUCAGUCCAGCUGGAGGCAUACCAGGUGUUCAAGGGCCACCCCACAUGGUGGUUUAUAACCAUUUCGCACCUGUUGGACAAUUUGGGCAAGUUGGCUUGAGUUUCAUGGGUACUACCUAUAUCCCAUCAGGAAAGCAGCCUGACUGGAAGCACAACCCUGCAUCUUCAGCCAUGGGUGUGAGUGAAGUGGAGAUGAACAACAUGAAUAUGGUUUCUACACAGCGUAAUCCUACUAACAUACCUGCUCCAAUCCAGCAUUUGGCACCUGGGUCACCGCUCCUUCCUAUGCCAUCACCUAUGGCCAUGUUUGAUGUUUCUCCUUUCCAGUCAUCUGACAUGUCAAUUCAAGCUCGUUGGCCUCAUGGUCCUGCUGCACCUCCUCAGUCUGUUCCUCUGUCAAUGCCAUUGCAGCAACAGGGAGAUGGUAUGAAGUUUAGCCAAGGCCAUGGUUCUGUUGACCAAGCAUUAAGUGGGAGCAGGUUCCCCGAGUCUCGAGCUUCAGCAGCUUUUGAUAAUAGUCGGAAUUUUCCUGUGGCUUCAGAUGCUACUGUUGCCCGAUUCCCAGAUGAACUGGGAUUAGUAGACCCUUCCAGCUCCGGCAGCACUGGGGCUUCAACACGGAGUGUUGGCACUAAGAGCUCAGCUUUAAGCACCAGUGGGGAUGCUAGCAAGACAGAUGUUGAUCAGAAUCUCAGUAGUAGCAGUGUUAGUGGACAAAACAACACAAGUUCUAAUGUCAAAUCUCAGCCUUCUCAGCACAAGAAUAACACAUCUAAUCAGCAGUAUGGCCAUUCCUCGUAUUAUCAGAGAAGUGGAUCCCAGAAAAAUAGUUCAGGUGGUGAGUGGCCCCACCGAAGGAUGGGGUUCCAUGGAAGGAAUCAAUCUAUCGGUGCUGAAAAGAGCUUUCCAUCCAAGAUGAAGCAAGUUUAUGUGGCUAAACAGACCCCAGGUGGUAAUUCAACGGCAUCAUGAGGACUAGCUGCUCAGAUUGAAUUUCAUCUGCAAAACCAGGACGGGUUGAAGCAUCUUUGUUUGCGAAUAAAGAAGUUUUGGUUGCUUUUUGCAGCAUCAGUAGGUGCAUGUCUAGUUUUGAGAUUAAGAUUUUGUUCAGAUAUAUUUAUAGAUGGUAGCUAUGCUAGGUUUUCCCAAUGAAGGUUUGCAUAAAUGGCAAGGGGAAAGAUUUUUUUCGGUAAAAAGGAAGGGGAGGAUGGAUAGUGUUUACUAGUAUUUAUUUCAGUUGCGGUCCAUGGGGUUUCUUUGUUUGAAUUGAACUGAAACUGUUUGUUGGCUGCAAACUGAGGCUGGUCAUUUUGUUGGGGUUUGAGUUUGAUGUACAACAAUAUUCAAUAUUGUAUCCAGAUGAACAUAUCUUUUUCCCAUUUUAGUAAUAUAUAUGGCUCUUGAUGCUUCUUCA